CCAUGGCGUCAACGUCUCUGGGACCUUCGAUUCUCGUUUCAAGAUUCUUCUCCUCUCCUCGUGAAUUUCAAGAUUCCGGGAGUUACAAGGUUCUUGGCCACCGGAUUUGUGUUUCUUCACGCCUUGUAGUUCGAGUUCACUGCGAGUCCAGGAUUCAGGAGAAGGAACUAAGACGAUGUUCAAGAUUCUUGGAACGCUCAUCAUCUUUGCGCUCAAGUGAAUGGAAGGCUGUUCCUGAUAUUUGGAGAUCAUCUACGGAUAAGUAUGGUGACAAAGUUGCUGUGGUUGAUCCGUAUCAUGACCCUCCUUCUACAUUAACCUACAAACAGCUGGAACAAGAAAUAUUGGACUUUGUUGAGGGUCUGCGAGCCGUUGGAGUGAAAGCAGAUGAGAAGAUUGCACUUUUCGCUGAUAACUCCUGUCGGUGGCUCGUUGCUGAUCAAGGUAUAAUGGCAACAGGAGCAGUCAAUGUUGUUAGAGGAUCAAGAUCCUCUGUUGAAGAGCUAUUGCAGAUAUACUGUCAUUCAGAAAGUGUAGGUCUUGUUGUUGAUAACACUGAGUUUUUCAACCGCAUUGCUGAGACGUUUUCUUACAAGGCACCUCUAAGAUUUGUGAUUCUUCUCUGGGGUGACAAAUCGUCGCUGGUUACACCGGGAAGGCAGACACCAGUCUAUACUUACAACGAAAUUAAAAACUUAGGACAUGAGAGACGUGUGAAAUUUGCAGGAUCUAAUGAAGCUGGGAAGUAUGAAUAUGAAUUCAUCGAUCCAGAUGAUACAGCUACAAUUAUGUAUUCCAGUGGAACCACAGGGAAUCCAAAAGGUGUUAUGCUUACACAUCAGAAUUUGUUACACCAGAUAAGAAAUUUAUCCGACUUUGUUCCUGCUGAAGCUGGUGAAAGAUUUCUAAGUAUGCUUCCAUCAUGGCAUGCAUAUGAACGGGCUUGUGAAUACUUCAUAUUUACAUGUGGAGUUGAGCAAAAGUAUACGUCUAUAAGAUUCUUGAAGGAUGAUCUCAAGCGGUAUCAACCACACUAUCUUAUUUCAGUUCCUUUGGUAUAUGAGACACUCUACAGUGGAAUUCAAAAGCAAAUUUCUGCAAGCUCCGCUACUCGUAAAUUUUUGGCGCUUACAUUGAUCAAAGUAAGCCUGGCAUAUACAGAGAUGAGAAGAAUUUAUGAGGGUCUUUGUUUGACGAAGAAUCAAAAGCCUCCAAUGUAUAUUGUUGCUUUGGUCGAUUGGUUGUGGGCGAGAGUAGCUGCCUUUGUCUUAUGGCCAAUGCAUAUGUUGGCUGAAAAGCUUGUGCACCAGAAAAUCCGUUCGUCUAUUGGAAUAUCAAAGGCUGGUGUUAGUGGAGGUGGCAGUUUACCUAUGCAUAUAGACAAGUUUUUCGAGGCCAUCGGUGUGAACGUACAAAAUGGGUAUGGUUUGACAGAAACCUCACCGGUUGUCUCUGCGCGGAGGCUUAGCUGUAAUAUUCUUGGCUCAGUUGGGCAUCCCAUUAAAGAUACAGAAUUCAAAAUUGUAGAUCAAGAGACUGGUACUAAUCUUCCACCUGGUUCAAAGGGCAUUGUCAAAGUCAGAGGCCCACCGGUUAUGAAAGGUUACUAUAAGAAUCCACUGGCCACCAAGCAAGUUAUUGAUGAACAAGGAUGGUUGAAUACUGGAGAUAUGGGUUGGAUUGCUCCUCAUCACUCAACAGGACGGAGUCGUAGCUGUGGAGGUGUCAUUGUUCUUGAAGGCCGUGCCAAAGACACAAUAGUACUUUCCACAGGUGAAAACGUGGAGCCAUUGGAGAUUGAAGAAGCUGCCAUGAGAAGCAGUUUGAUUCAACAAAUAGUUGUUAUUGGACAGGAUCAACGCCGCCUUGGAGCUAUCAUUAUCCCAAACAAAGAAGCAGCAGAAGGAGUAGCAAAGCAUAAAAUUUCACCUGUAGAUCCUGAUGUCAACGAACUUAGCAAGGAAACUCUAACGAGCAUGGUCUACGAAGAACUGAGGAAAUGGACAUCAGAAUGCUCGUUCCAAGUUGGACCGGUUCUAAUCGUGGAUGAGCCCUUCACGAUAGACAAUGGUUUCAUGACACCGACAAUGAAAAUAAGAAGGGACAAGGUGGUUGAUCAAUACAAGGAUGAGAUAGAUAGACUCUACAAG